AUGGCAUCCACGCCCUCCCUCUCCGAUUGGGCGAAUAUUGCUACCAUUGUGUCGGGUUUUACCGGACUCUUUUCGCUCGUUAUUGGGUUCCUACAAUUGUUCGAUAACUCCCGUCAGCAGUCGGUACCAUCACAAGCGCCUGCAGAGCCGCCUGCAGAGUCACGGCCGCCUACAGCCCAGCAAGGGAGUGAUAGUAAUCCUCCCUAUGAGUUAUCGACUAAUCAAAUCCAAGAAUUGGAUAUUGUACCUCCGCGCCUUCCGGCGGCAGAUGAUUUGGAGCCUGGAUCCCCCAGAGCCCCUUUCUAUGAUAACUAG